AUGCCGUUACCGGCACAAAAUCCCAACGCCACCGAAGAGUCGGUCGACGCCCUCGUGGAAGAGUUCAUCACUGGGGUCAAGGAGGACGGCUACCAGGAGGGGGGCUUCAGUAACAGUAUGUACGGUAUGUCCAAGUUGGCUCUCAUCGCCUAUACUAAAACAUUGGCCAAAAAGGCCAAAUGCCAAAAAGGCCAAUUGGCCGACUCUCGCAAGAUAGUCGUCACCGGCUGCUGUCCAGGCUGGUGUCGAACGGACUUGACCGGUCACACCGGCCGCCGCACUGCUGAGACCGGUGCCAAAGUGGCGGCCUGGUUGGUCGGCGAGGUUGAGUAUGAUUCAGAAAUGAGUGGCAAGUUGUAUCGUGAUGAGAAGGAGUUCGAAUGGCAGACCGGCAAUCUCCUUGCUACAGGGGAGGUGUAUUGGGUUCCUUCGCAAGACAUUUAA